AUGCCGGACUGUGUACGACUCACAAUGCUGCCGCAGGAGCUGAUCAAAUCUGAAGACGCACCACCGCAACUUGAUACCCCCCGCCGCGCUGCUAGUAUCGCUAUAAUCUAUUACUGCCAAGAGCAGAAGCUACCAUGCAGUUUUAAGCGUACUUCCACUGUAUUUGGCAUACCAAAAUCUACUACAUCCGACGUGGUUGCAACCCACCGAUGCCGUCGUCUCCAGCAUUCUGACCAUCACGAUCCUCACGGCCACCCACCCCGUUUUACCACAUCAGAUGCCGAAGCUAUUACCACAUAUAUCCGAGAUGCUCCCUUUCAUGAGAAGAGUGAUCCUUGGCAGGAUUUGGCUGAGAGAGCUGUUGUGGUGAAGGAAUAUAGACAUGAACGCGGUGCUCAAAACAUCCAAUGGCACCCCAAAUAUAUCCAACGCCGCGUCACCAGGCACUCCGGCAUCAAAUCUCACAAAGCUGUUACCAAAGAAGCUCAUAGUCCUUCACAGAUUAACCAAAGAAAGGCAUAUAUCGACAGGUAUCUUACUGAGAGACCAUAUGCCAGGGACUGGCGCAACGUGCUUUGGUGGGAUGAACUCCACUGGAUGACUGGCCCUCGCUACCAGCUUGAUAUUAAGCGUGAGCCUGGAUAG